CAACGCGUGUCCGGAGCAGGCCGGAUAUCCACCGUAAAGCACACACUCUACACUAUAUAUCUGAAGAUACGCAUGAACUUAGAACUUUGAAGUCGAUCGCGAAUUUGCUUGGAGCAACACCUGUAUAACGCUCCGCAGCUCAAUUCUACGCUCUGCAAUCAUGUUGGCGCUGGUUGUCCUGUCCCUGGUGGCCGUGUCCCAGGCCUACCCGACCGGUGCCCCUAUUGACGCAUGCGCAGAGGGAAUCCCGAACCACCAUGCACAGGCAGCAGAGCUAGAUAUAAUGCCGUUCGCUCUCACCGGCGGGGCGUAUAGUCCAGCCCAGCCCAUGCAACUUACUCUGAGCGGAGCCGGUCGUUUCCGUGGGUUCCAGAUGAAGGCUUCAGUGGGCACUUUCCUGAACGCCCCGGCCGGCACGCAACUCUUCCGGUGUUUGAACAACGCGGACACGGUCACCCACAGCGACAACUCCGCAAAGGACUCCGUCACUGUGACGUACCUGCCACCAGCAAACGCCUUCGGACCAAUCGGCAUCAGGGUAACUGUUGUUCAAGACUUCGAUGUUUGGUGGAAUCCAGAAGUCUUCAUCCUGCAGCGAAAUGGAGACGUUAUCACUGGUUGAAGUCAAGACCCGGCCGCCGACAAUUAAAGGAUACAAAGCUACACGUUACGACAAUUAGGCAAUGGCAAGAUAAUAAUACCAGUCAAAGAACAUCGACAGCACACUUAUUCAGGCAAUAGUCUGCACAUUCACAAUGUGUUAUUUGUGUUUGUUGAUUCUCUGUUUGAAUGUUUAUUCUUUCCAAUCCUGAUUAAACACCAAAUGGAGAUGUG